AUGAUUGAGGAGAUCUUCCUCCGUCUGCCCACCCCUGCCGCACUCGGCCGCGCCUCGACCGCCUGCCCCCGUUUCCGCCGCGUCAUCACCGAGCGCUCCUUCCUCCGCCGCUAUCGCAAACGCCACCCGCCGCCGCUUCUCGGCUUCGCCGACCAAUAUCCAGGGUUCCACCCCGCCCAGGCGCCCUACCCGUCCGCCCCGCUCUCCCGUGCCCUCGCCGACGCUGCCGCUUUCACAUACUCUUUCGUCCCCAAGCCCAGCGAGGGGUACCGGGGUGUGUGCGACGUCCGCGACGGCCGCGUCCUUCUCGAGGAGGUCAACCUUGAUAACAACGACAUCGCGGUGUGCGAUCCCUUGUCACGGCGCUACGUGCUACUUCCGCCCAUACCUGGGGACCUGACAUCCGAGAAGAAACGCCCUUGUCAAAGCACGCCCUUGCUCGUGCCGGUUAGCGAGGAUGAGGAUGAGACCUUGUUCAAGGUGAUCCUCUUUGCUGACUAUGGUACCGAACUGGCUGUGUUUGUCUUCUCUUCCAUCACCGGAAAAUGGUCUGUAGCCGCAUCAACCAGUUGGAGCUCUUUGGGUGGUCGCCCCCCUGGGUUGGACUUGGACAGUCACCCGUUUGGAUGCCGCGGCCUGUCCUGUUUCGCCCGUGGCUGCUUCUAUUUUGCAUCGCCUUGCAGGGACAGGUUGCUCGUGCUGGAGCUGGACACACUGUUUUCUACCGUCAACAAUCACACUGGCUACCAAGUAAAGCUCAGAUGGCUGCCUAGGCAGGUGGAAAAUGAUUUCACCAGGAACAACAUGCAAUGCAGAAGUCGACCUGGCCAGGCCAGACUGCCUCGCAUUGUACUGGGUAAAGAAGGGGCCAUUGAGGUGUUUUCUCUCGUUGAUGAUCACAGCCCAAAUGGCUUGUUUUAUCUCUAUCAUUAUACCCAACAAAAUAAUGCUGAAUCUUCCAAGGAAUGGCAGCUGGAGAAUAUUGUACCGUUGCCUGGCGGAUAUAACUAUUUCAUCACGGGCGCAGAUGAGGGAUUCUUAUUCCUUGGAGCCACUACAGAAGAUCAGCUUGACAUUAGUAGAGGCUCAGGAGUGCAGUUGUUGACUACUUACUGGGAUGUAGACUAUUUUUCGCUGGAUGUCAAGACUUCUGAACUUAUGAAGGUUUGUAGGAGGAAGAGGUGUUUCUUUACUCGUGAAAAUGUUUACUGGUACUUCGGCUUCCCUCCAUCAUUGUCAAAACCAAGUAUAUGA